UCUCCCAGAUAGAAGACAAAUGUCAACAAUAACAAGACCAAGGCUAUCUUGUGGAGAACAUGACAAAAUAGUGUUGGUCGGUGGUGAACACCACAAAAACCCUAUAACAACUGUAUCAUGCUUCAAUCCUCUGGAUAAAACUUGGACUUCCCUACAGAAUCUACCUUUUCGUGUUUCUAGAACUGGAGUGGCUGUUAUGGGCCAGCGCAACAUAUAUGUUGCGGGGGGAAUUACUGAAGAAAAGAACGUAAAUUCAUUUGUAUGUUGGUAUCCCCUCAACACCAUCCCCAGGGGCUGGAGUAAUCAGAAAGAGAUGAUGAAAAGUAGAUAUGAGUUUGGUUAG